AUGAACUCCCUGGCCAUGCCGCCCGUUCCCCCUCAUUCCCUCGAACACUCCCGCCUCUCCCCAAACAGAUCAAUGGCUUCCUCUGGCCCUUCAAGAAAACGGAAAGCCUCGCCUUCUCCUGAUCGAGAUGAUGAAAUGUCCACAUCCCCCUCCAUCUCCAACGCUCGACUGCCUACGGCUCUGACCCCCACGUCAAGGAAGAGAGCACGCCCCAAUCUCGUGGUCGGCCGACCACUGACAGUCGAAAGACUACUCGAGACACUGGAUAAGGAUUCCAUGACAUCAGUAUUGAAGACUCUAUGCGAUAGACAUCCGAGCUUGCGAGAGGAGAUUGUCCAAGUCAGUCCUCGACCCAGCAUUCAAAGCACACUGCAGAUCCUGCGGCAAUAUUACAACCGGUUGAUGAACGCAUUUCCCCUCGAGCGGAAUCUCCGCUCCGAUUACUGCUACGAUCGUGUGCGCCCGCAAUGGAACGAGCUGCUCGAUGCUCUCACCGACUUUACACCUCAUUUCCUGCCACCCAAUGAACAACAGUCAUCGACGUCGCUGGAGUAUUUGAACGCAGUCACACAAGUCAUACACGAUCUACCAGAAUGGGACAAUCCGCAGCAUAACAUUGCGAAGCAAAAUGCGUACGAGGAAAUUUCCAAGGCAUGGGCUAGCGUUAUCAAGGAAGCUGGUAAACGGGGUGGAGGCUAUCAAUUGCAGUUUAAUGGCUGGGAAGAGAAACUGCGGGCCCAUAACGAGAAGAGUGGUGAUCGGCUGAGAGAGGCAUAUGAUGAGUUGAUGCAGGCUCUAGGCUGGCUGCGGCACAGUAAUCAGCCGUCACAACAGCAGAGUAUUCGACAGCAACUGUUUUCAAACACAUACGGAAUGGAGCAACCUACCAUGCGCACAGGAAACUGGUGA